AUGGCCGUCACACAGUACAACAACGGCAGGAUCAACCUGUGGCUGAUCUUUUCAUGUGCCGUCUUCUCGAUGGGCUCCAUUGGUUGGGGCUAUGACAUUGGUAUUCUCAGCACCAUCUACGUCGCCCCCGGCUUCAAACAGACACUCAACAACCCCUCGUCGUCCGAGACGGGUGCCAUCACCAGUGUCUUUUAUGCCGGCCAGUUCUUUGGCUUUGCCUUCCUCGCCGGCCGCGUCAACAACAUGGUUGGCCGCCGCUAUGCCGGCUGUAUCGGCGUCCUCGGCAUGUGCCUCGGCGCCGCGCUCCAGACGGGCGCCCACAACCUGGCCAUGAUGAUUGUGGGCCGCAUCAUUGCCGGCGUCGGCUGCGGCAUCGUGUCGACGUCCGUCCCGCUGUACCUGUCCGAGAUCUCGCCCGCCAAGCACCGCGGCUUCUACGGCGCCUUCAACCAGGCGGGCAUCGUCUUUGGCAUCUCGCUGGCCUUCUGGGUCGGCUACGGCUACUCCUUCUGGAACACGGGCAAGGGCGUCAACCUCGCGUGGCGCCUGUCGAGCGCCAUGCAGUUCGUGCCCGCCGUCCUCUUCCUCGCGGGCGCCCCGCUGCUGCCUGAGUCCCCGCGCUGGCUCGUGGAGCACGACCGCGCCGACGCGGCCGCCCGCGCGCUGACGCGCCUCCGCGGCACCGCCGACGUGUCCGACGUCCAGGCCGAGCUCGACGAGAUCCACGCCAACAUCCUAUGGCACAAGGAGAACUCCAUCACGUCGGCGCGCGUCUUCUGGACCGACCCGAACCUGCGCGCGCGUCUGUGGCGCGCCUGGGCCGUGUCCUUUCUGCAGCAGCUCUCGGGCGCCUCGGGCAUCCGCUACUACCUGCCCACCAACUUUAUCGCCGCCGGCACCUCCAAGUCGCUCUCGCUGCUCGCCUCCGGCAUCGACGGCACCGUCCAGGUCGCCUGCACGGUGGCCGCCAUGUUCUUCAUCGACCGCAUCGGCCGCCGCCACUCGCUCGGCGUCGGCGCCAUCAUCAUGGCCUUUUGUCUGCUCAUCAACGGCGCCCUCCAGACGGCGUAUCCCGGCCAGCAGAACGCCUCCGCCAACUACUGCAACAUCUUCUUCAUCUACUUCUUCACCGUCGGCUACUCCAUGGGCUUCGGCCCCUGCGCCUGGAUCUAUGCCUCCGAGAUCUUCCCGGCCAACUGCCGCUCCAAGGGCCUCGGCAUUGCUGCGUCCGGCGCCUCGCUCGGCUCCAUCAUUGUCGGCCAGGUCUGGCCCGUCAUGGUUGCGCACAUUGGCGCCCGCACCUUUUUUGUCUUCAUGUCCUUCAACAUCUUCUCGGCCGUCCUUGUCUACGCCAUGUUCCCCGAGACCAAGGGCAAGACGCUCGAGGAGCUCGACUCGCACUUUGGCACGCUCAACGUCCACAGCGAGGCCGAGGCCACGCCCAAGCAGAUGCUCGACAACGAGGGCACCCAAGAGGAGCACGAACGUGUGGAGAAGGUCUGA